AUGGUUUGGCCAGGUCAAAUAUGGUGGAGAGCAGGAUUUGAUGAAGACAAACAUGAUUUGCAGAGAUCGUAUUCUGUGCGAUUACUGGAGGAAGGAAAUAAGAUCCAUCGCUAUGGUUGCUACCACGGGUCGUUGAACUUGAAAUCCAGCUAUGCGUUCGUUGCAGGUACAAUGAGUUCUAUUUUAAACUGA